AUGGCGAUGCAAGUAGAUUUGUCGCAGGCUCAACUGCUCAAGGAUGAAACCGGCCGGCCAUUCAUCGUUGUUCGAGACCAAGGAAAGAAGAAGAGAACCCAUGGCACAGACGCCGUCAAGCAGCAUAUUGUGGCGGCUAGGACAGUAGCCAGCAUUGUCAAGACAUCCUUGGGACCUCGAGGACUGGACAAGAUUCUCAUAUCUCCCGAUGGAGACAUUCAGAUUACAAAUGACGGCCGUACGAUCAUGUCUGAAAUGGAACUUACAAACCCGAUUGCGAAAUUGAUGGUCGAGCUGUCGAAGUCACAAGACGAGGAGAUUGGCGACGGCACUACAGGCGUGGUCGUGUUGGCAGCAGCUUUAUUAGACCAGGCUGCGGACCUCAUUGAUAAGGGCAUUCAUCCAAUCCGCAUUGCAGAUGGUUAUGAUCAGGCCUGUGAAGUCGCAGUUGCACAACUGGACAAGAUCAGCGACGAGAUACCAUUUUCAAGAGAACGACAGGAAAAUCUGAUAAAGGUCGCCAAAACAAGUCUGGGCAGCAAAAUCGUCAGCAAAGCACAUGAUCAAUUCGCCAAAAUUGCCGUGGAUGCUGUCAUGUCUGUUGCGGACCUGGAGCGCAAAGAUGUCGACUUUGAACUUAUCAAGGUCGAUGGAAAGGCCGGAGGCUCGAUAGAGGAUUCUCUACUAGUCAAGGGUGUCAUUGUGGACAAGGAUUUCUCACACCCCCAGAUGCCCAGCGAAGUGAAAGACGCAAAGCUUGCCAUUUUAACAUGCGCCUUUGAACCUCCCAAGCCGAAGACCAAGCACAAACUUGAUAUCUCUUCCGUGGAGGAAUUCAAGAAACUGCAACAGUAUGAGCAGAAUAAAUUCGUCGAGAUGAUCGAUAUGAUCAAGGCCACCGGAGCGAAUCUCGUCAUCUGCCAAUGGGGCUUUGAUGAUGAAGCAAACCAUCUUCUCCUCCAAAACCAUCUACCAGCCGUUCGAUGGGUCGGCGGGCCUGAGAUUGAGUUGAUAGCCAUUGCCACCAACGGAAGGAUUGUCCCUCGGUUCGAGGAUUUGAGCAGUGAAAAGCUGGGCAAAGCUGGUGUUGUAAGAGAAAUGACUUUUGGCACCACCCGUGAAAAGAUGCUGGUCAUCGAAGAAUGCGCAAACACUCGGGCAGUCACCGUCUUUGUGCGAGGCAGCAACAAGAUGAUCAUUGAUGAGGCAAAGAGAUCAUUACAUGACGCACUGUGCGUGGUACGAAACCUGGUCAGAGACAACAGAGUUGUGUAUGGCGGCGGUGCCGCUGAGAUUGCAUGCUCUCUGGCAGUGGAAGACGCGGCCAACAAAUCGCCUGGCCUGGAACAAUAUGCCAUGAGAGCAUUUGCUGACGCCCUUGACGCUGUCCCUAUGGCUCUCGCAGAGAACUCUGGACUGAGCCCUAUCGAGACACUUGCGGCGGUCAAGUCCCGACAAGUUAAGGAGCAGAACUCACGACUGGGUGUGGAUUGUAUGAGCACUGGUAGCAAUGACAUGCGGGAACACUUUGUCAUUGACCCCCUGAUCGGAAAGAGGUCGCAACUGUUGCUGGCGACGCAGCUGUGCCGAAUGGUGCUCAAAAUCAACAAUGUGAUCAUGUCAGGAGAUGACGACAACGAGUUCUAA